GAACAACCGGAAGGGACCAUGGCGGCCGCGGGUGCCGCGGCUACUGACCUAGAGGUGGUCCGGGGCAAACGUGCCGCGCUGUUCUUCGCCGCGGUGGCCAUCCUUCUGGGACUGCCGCUCUGGUGGAAAACCACGGAGACCUACCGUGCCCCGUUGCCUUACUCAGAGAUCAGUGGGCUGAACGCCCUGCAGCUCCGGCUCAUGGUGCCAGUGACAGUUGUGUUUACUCGGGACUCUGUGCCCCUGGACGACCAGGAGAAACUACCCUUCACCGUUGUGCAUGAGAGAGAGAUCCCUCUGAAAUACAAAAUGAAAAUCAAAUGCCGAUUCCAGAAGGCCUACCGGAGAGCUUUGGACCAUGAGGAGGAGGCACUGUCACUGGGCAGUGUGCAUGAGGCAGAAGCCAUGUUAGCUGAGCCGGAGAAGCAAGCUGUGGGCUCCCUGACUGUGUACGUCAUCUCUGAACACUCCCCUCUUCUUCCCCAGGACACGAUGAGCUACAUUGGGCCUGAGAGGACAGCAGUUGUGCGGGGGAUAACGCACCGGGAAGCCUUCAACAUCAUUGGCCGCCGCGUAAUCCAAGUGGCCCAGGCCAUGUCCUUGACAGAGGAUGUGCUCGCUGCUGCUCUGGCUGACCACCUCCCUGAGGACAAGUGGAGCUCUGAUAAGAGGCGGCCUCUCAAGUCCAGCUUAGGCUAUGAGAUCACUUUCAGUUUACUCAACCCAGACCCCAAGUCCCAUGAUGUCCACUGGGACAUCGAGGGGGCUGUCCAGCGCUAUGUGCAGCCUUUCCUGAACAGCCUCAGUGCUGCUGGAAAUUUCUCUGUGGACUCUCAGAUCCUUUACUAUGCCAUGUUGGGAGUGAAUCCCCGCUUUGACCCAGCCUCUUCCAGCUACUACUUGGCCAUGCAUAGCCUCCCCCAUGUCAUCAACCCAGUGGAGUCCCGGCUGGGGUCCAGCGCUGCCUCCCUGUACCCAGUGAUCCACUUUCUCCUCUACGUGCCUGAGCUUGCCCACUCCCCACUGUACAUCCAGGACAAAGAUGGGGCUCCAGUGCCCACCAAUGCCUUCCACAGUCCCCGCUGGGGUGGCAUCAUGGUAUACAAUGUUGAUCCCAAAAUCUAUAAUGCCUCGGAGCUGCCAGUGAGAGCUGAGGUGGACAUGGUGCAGGUGAUGGAGGUGUUCUUGGCCCAGCUGAGGCUGCUCUUUGGGAUUGCUCAACCCCAGGUGCCUCCGAAGUGCUUGCUUUCAGGACCAAAGAGUGAGGGACUCAUGACCUGGGAGCUGGACCGGCUACUGUGGGCUCGGUCAGUGGAGAACCUGGCCACAGCCACCACCACACUCACCUCCCUGGCCCAGCUUCUGGGCAAGAUCAGCAACAUUGUCAUCAAGGAUGGUGUGGCUUCUGAGGUAUAUAGGGCUGUGGCUGCAGUCCAGAAGGCAGCGGAGGAGUUAGCCCUUGGGCACCUGUCAUCUGCCUUUGCAGCCAGCCAGGAAGCUGUGACAUCCUCUGAGCGUGCCUUUUUUGAUCCUUCGCUCCUCCACCUCUUGUAUUUCCCUGAUGACCAGAAAUUUGCUAUCUACAUCCCACUUUUUCUGCCUAUGGCUGUGCCCAUCCUCCUGUCUCUGGUCAAGAUCUUUUUGGAAACUCGCAAGUCCUGGAAAAAGCCUGAGAAGAUAGACUGAGCUGGGCAGCAUGUCAGAGAAAGCCUUCCGGUCUAGCCAAGCUGGAGGCAUCAGAUUGAGAGGCCAAGCCGAGGUCUGCUGUAAUGACGUGUCUUCAUUCUCCUGUUGGCUCUCCACCAGCCAAAGGAUGACACUCCACAGUGGGCUCAUCUUCCUGUCCCUUCCUGUGGUACUACCCUGAUCCUUCAUGCCUAGGAGCCUCAGAAGGCACUCUUCUGGAUCUCUGUAUCUGGCUUGCCUGAAAGGCCUUUGUCUGUCUACGCUUGGGCAGGGUACCUUGUCCUUCCAGGCUGUCAGCACAGUAUACUUAUGCUCUGAGAGGUGGAUUUAGGGGAGAUCCUGGAUUAAAUGGUAGUCCCCUCCUCUCUGAGAUCCUCUCCCUCCUUCCUCAACUUCUUGACUGGUGUCACCAUUGGAGACAGUCUGGUCUAGGAGGCAGCGGCUUAGGACCUGCUUCUGCCUCUUGGCUAAGGUUCCCUUCUACCCUUUCAGAGAGGCAGUGUGGCACAGAAGGAAACAGUUCCCUCUUGGAAUCCAACAGGCCCGAAUCAGACCUCUGCUUCUGCACUUACACACUGGAGAGCUUUAGAUAAGCUGCUCUGCUCACCCAGCCUCAGGGUUCAUCUGUGAGAUUGCACUGAAGAUGUCACUCUCAGAAGCGGGUUGGAUUAAAUGUGAUAAGCAUGUAAAAGUGUUCUGUAUAUUGGGCUCUUUAAAAAUCUAUAUUAGGCUCGUGAAUAAACAUUGGUUGGAUAUGAGUUGA